CAUGGCUUCUGAUCUCUUCAACCACCCCAGCCGCAGCUCCUCCUCUUUCAUCCUUGUGGGUGUCCCCAGCCUGGAAGCUUUCCCCACCUGUCUGGGCAUCCUUUUCUGCUCAGGCUAUAUCAUUGCCUUGGUAGGAAAUGGUGUAGUUUUGCUUGUCAUUGGGGUGGACAGGUCCCUGCGUGACCCCAUCCACUGCUUCCUGGGCAUGCUGGCGGUCAUCGAUGUGGUGAUGGUGACAACCAUCAUCCCCAAGAUGCUGAGCAUAUUCUGGCUGAACUCCACUGAGAUUGGUUACAUGGCCUGUUUCGUUCAGAUGUUCAUUGUUCACUCCACAACAUCAGGGGAGUCAGGAGUGCUCCUGGCCAUGGCUGUUGACCGCUACGUUGCAAUUUGUCACCCCCUCAGGUACCAAGCCAUCCUGAAUCGUCGAAAAAUUGCCCAAAUAGGCCUGGCCAUUGUGGUGAGAGCUCUGCUUUUCAUGGUGCCCUUGACAGGGAUGGUGACAAACCUCCCCUAUUGCCUUUCCCGUGUGGUUCCCCAUUCGUACUGCGAGCACAUGGCCGUGGCGAAGCUGGCGUGCACAGACCCCAGACCCAGUGGGCUUUACAGUGUGGCUGGGUCCUCUCUUAUAGUAGGGAUGGACAUGGCUUUCAUUGCUGUGUCCUAUGGGAUGAUCCUUAAAACUGUCCUGGGGAAGAAAUCAUGCUGGAAGGCCUUCAGCACCUGCGGGUGUCAUAUCUGCGUGAUGCUGCUGUAUUACAUCCCUGGGAUAGUCUCCAUCUAUGCACAGCAGUUUGGCAGUGGCAUAUCCAUGCAUGUACAGGUCCUGCUGGCUGAUCUCUACCUGACCCUCCCCACCAUGCUGAACCCCAUCGUUUACAGCAUGAGGACCAAGCAGAUCCGUCAGGCAGUGCGCAAAAUGCUAUUUUCCAGGAAGGUUCAUGUCUGACACAGUAGUCAGUGGUUUUCCAGGUGUAUUCAUCUAUGCAAAGACAGCAGCAAUUUCAUUCCCACUGAAUGCACAUGGUAAACAGAAGCAAUGAAAGGAGGGAGGACUUGUUGGCUUUAAUGACCACAUGAGACCCUGCUCUGUGAUGAGAGUUAUUUGGGACUGAGAGCAUGAGCAAAUAUCAGGUACUAUUUCCCUUCCUUCUUUCCAGGUGUUACAGAGAAGUAAGCAGCCACCUUUGAGUUUUGAGAUGUUCCCAAUGCCAUGAACAACCCUGUGAUAAUUUAAAGCAAGAUUUCAGGGCUCCAGGUAUAUUUGUGUCAAUACACAGAUUCUAUUCCAAAUGCGGAAAUUUCUUCUAUGGUGUCUUCUUUAGUCCCUGCUGGACUAUCAGGGCUAGCAAUAGGAGACUGCCACACACUGCAGGUGCUGCAGCCAGGGUCUCCUCUCUGGGCUUCUCUUGCACAAAAGGCUGUCCCUCAGUGAGCACAGACCAGCUUUUCUGCAUUUCUGGGUGAUGAUGACAACUGAACAUCUUCAAAACUGAGCUCUUCAAAGCAUUCUGUCCAUCUGACAGUUCAUACCAGGUGGGUGAGGAAACCGAAGUGGGGAGAUGCACAGUGGUGUUUAUCACUGUAUCUAGGUGUCCACACCUUGUAGUGGUGGAAAUAAACACUGAAUGUGCUUGGGGGUACUUAUCAAUCCUGUGUCUGCUUGUUGUAAUGACCACAAGUCUGUGAAUAACUAAAUCGAGCAUGUCUUGGAGGCCUGAAGGACAGCAUGCUGUAGGUCCUGAGGCCCGACUAACUCUUGCUGCCAGUAGACCAGCUGCAUCCCAGACUUUUCUGAGCCAGCCAGCUAUGUCCUACCAGGAUUCACAGGCUCUGUCUGGGGGCUGCAGCACCGAACCAUGCUGAGACUUCCCCAGGUACAAGGGCCCUCCUGUUCUGGAAGCUGGGAUCCAGCUGGGAAUGACCCAGACAAGUCAGGUCCCUCCAAAAUGGCAGGUUUUAUCUGGAAACUGCAGGCACAAGGAGUCCUUCUGAGGCUCUACAGCUUAGCAUCAGCAGAGGGAAAGUCCAGCUCUGACCUGGGAUAAGGAGAUACUCUGCAGUCAUUAUUUUGAACGGGUACUGGAGGCUCCCU